GAUCAGACGAGUAAAGGAACUGGCUGGGCAGGCUGUGUGAGCAGAGCGACAGGUCCACAGGUAAGCUCAUUCCCCCCGUGUGCACCUGUAGAAAAGGAAAGGAAAUCUGUACUCAUUCAUUAUAACGGAUUUCACCGCAACGCAAGCUUCUACAGGAUUAACCUCUUCACUGAACUACUGUCUAGUCUGCUUUUCUUCAUUUCUGCUGCUGUUUUGGUUGCUGCUCACAUGGAGACCACGCUCUGCUAGGAUUUACCUGAUUUCUCACAUCUGCUUCUACAACCGAUAACCCGUAAGCAGUCCUGAAGAAACUGAGCUGGAGCUUCUGUCCGAGCUGCUGUUACAGAAAAUUAAUCAACACCUUUUGAUUUGAGAAAAGUACAGUUUGGUACCUUUAUUUUGGCGAGUGUAGAUAAGAUAUCCCACCUCUCGUCCGGGUCAGUAGUUUUCCUCUCACUGAUGGCUGGAUUCUUCCAGCAGUUACGACUCCUUCUUUGGAAAAAUGCCCUGGGGGUCAUCAGGCAGCCGGGCUGGUCUCUGGUUCUCCUCAUCUGGCCUGUAGUGAUCUUCAUCAUCUUAGCCAUCACUCGCUCGCAAUUUCCUCCAAUACUCAAAGACACGUGCUAUGCGGCCCCGAGGAACCUCCCGAGCGCAGGGUUCUUCCCCUUCCUGCAGACUCUCAUGUGUAAUACUGACAGCACCUGCUCCAGCACGUCCUACCUCCUGGACUCCAAAUCAAAGAGCCUACGGCAGCGCAGGGAUCUAAACACACACAGUUCUCCAUUGUUUCCUCAUGGUUUACCCGCUUUACCCGACCUGGAGAAAUUUGGUUUGGUCCACACUGUCAUGAAGAGAGACACAUCCAACCAGACACAGAUCCUACAGCAAUGGGAUACAUGGCUAAAUUCCAGCAUUCAGGCCUCAUCAAACCUCACCGGGUCUAUCUUGGAUGCCAUCAACAGCACCAUAAUGGCCGACCAGGACGUCUUGAGCUCCAUCCUGGACUCGACAGACACUCUGAAAACGAUAUUCUGCAAUAUCUCCAUGUCUGCGCUGUCUGACUAUGAUCACCUCACCUCAGCGUUGGAGCAUUUCUGCAUGUCCAAUGAUACAGCACUGGAAGUUUCCCUCUCGACGCUGAACCAGUUACUAGCACAGUUGGUGCUCCAAGAUCCAGUGAAAGUCAUUGAGACAGUUGAGAUGUCGGUGGAAACGAUGGAUAAGCUUCAGACACAAUCGCCGCUGUGGGACUUCCUGUUGGGGUUGCCAGAUAUCUUCCUGAAAUCCACAGAUCAGGACAGGAUCAUGGCUAUAGCUGAGAGACUGACGGGGAUGAAGCAGGCCCUGAACUCAAUUCAGAGCAGCUUCCAGCAGGCUAAUACAUCUACGGACAUGCUGAACCCCGUCAUCGAUGAAGGCAUUGAGCUCCUCAACUACCUCCACACCUGGGAGGGCAGAGAUGUUAACAUCUCCCUGGCUGAUGUACUGGUGCCGUCCAACGUGUCUCUAAAUGGCUCUGAAAUGGCCACAUUGAUCCAAGGCCUCCAGAUCCCUCUGGAUAAGGUGCUUGUAUUGUUCAACAGAGAGACCUUCUUUGAGUUUGUGUGUACCAGCAGGUCUUUCUGCGACAGCCAGCAAGUCGACAUGAUGUACGGACGGAUAGACCAAGAGAAAGUUGCUCUGCAGGUGCUGUUGGCCUGGAGUCGAUCUACAACUUCUCCUGCAGAUCUUGCCUUUGCUAAAAACAUUCUGGGUAAAUUGUUUGGGAACUUUUUCCUGGAGGGACCAAAUCCAGCCGCCGAGAACAGAGACAGCCAGCCAGAGACACUGCAGGAACAGCUUUUCCUAGGCAUUGGUAAUACAGUGAUGGGCAUGCUGAGUGGAACACCAAUGUGGGAUUACAUUCAAACCCUCUUGAUGGGAACUCAUUCCACCAUGCAGUUUGCCACAGCAGUAAUGGAGACACAGCUGGCCUAUGUCCAACCACUGCUGCACAAUCCAGAGACUCUCCAGGUGUCCAUCGUGUCUCUCAUUCAGAAUGAAACAGCAGUGGAUAACAAGACACUCUGGUUGGAUGUGGGGCAGAAGCUGAAUCAAAUAUCCAGUGUGUUUGAAGGCACUUUGGUGUACAAUGUCACACCUGCUAUGAUCCUGACUGAAUGGCACAGGUUAUACAGCACUGCACUACAGUUCAGUGACUCCCUCAAGGAGGUUGUUGAGCUCAUCCAAGACAAAUUUUUCAGUCAAAUCCCACACAACUCAACUGUCGACUGGUCUGAGAUUCUUCUAAACAGCGGUUUGGAGGAGUUUGCGAUGGUGGGGCCAGUACUUCAGAACAGCAGUCAGUGGUCAAUCAUGGAGCCGUACUUCCAGCUGGCAUAUUGGAUCAUGACCUUCCAACCUAAUAUCACCGCACCACCAAACUGCACUUUUACUCCAAAUGAUACUGUCUGUAAUAUUGGAUUUACAUGGGAGGGGUUUAUUCCAGUGGUUGGAUCUCUACUCCACGAAAUCAGUGAGAAUCCAGCUGCUAUUCUGAGACCUAUCCAGGGAGCAGAGUCCCUGCUGAAAGACAUCAUGACACACACCUACAUGAAUCAUCUACAGGAGUUCCUCAACAGCACUGGACAUAUUCUUGCUGGUGGGUCACCACAGAACCUCUCAUUGAGCCUCAUUGAUUUGGUCAACCAGAACCUACAGCUUCUCUUGAAUAUCUCACACACUGACGAGCUAGAUGAAGACACCUUGCUUGCCAUGUUGAAUGACACUUUGGAAGCCUUUGGCUUGGGACAAUUAGGGGAUCUCUGGUCAGGGGGCUUGAACUACAGUCAACCCAACUCUACAGUCAACUCAACUGUGAUUAUGAACAUCCUCCAUCUGUUGAGCCCAGAGUCCAUUCAGAUGCUUCACAGUGAAGGACAGUUUGCAGUGUUGGAUGCCAUUUUGCGUGAACUUGGAGAACUCUCGGCUCAUGAGCAACAGAUCAAUUUAGAAUGUUUUUUCAAUCAGACACAUGCUCUGUUUGAAGAUUUGGCAUUGUGUGCAGAUAGUGGUCAGGACUGUCUGUCUGGAGUGUCACAGAUUUUCCAGAUGCUAUCUUUACUUGAAGAAAUGAUGGCAGUGGGAGAAGGUGACAAUUUCACCAUGAUGCCCGUUGACAGAAAUAUGACUUUCUCUGUUGCUGGUCAUAUUAUUUCCCUUCUCUUACCAUGGAACAUGUCAGAAUCUUCUGCAUAUACAAUGGACAAUGUCAGUGGGAUCUUCCAUCUCCUUGAACAGUUGUCUGGUUCACCAAAUCUCAGCAUCACCAUCAUUCAAGAAGAGCUCCAAGCCUUGAAUCUCACUAUUUUUGAUUUAGAACACUUCACUCAACUAUCAGAAGCUUCUUCCAUCUCUCUGCUACUUUCAAAACUCAUGGACUUUGUUAACAUCUCACAUUGCCUGAACGCUCUUUCUCAGGACCCUACAUCACAUACAGGCUCCACAGUGCCAGAAUGCACCGAGAAGAUUAUUGAGGGGCUAAUUGGUUUCCUCGAGGCCAUACCCAUGUUCCAUGGCUUCCAGACAAAUCUUACAUCCACUUUAAAUAUGGUGUUGGAUGAAGCAAUGGAGUUUCAGAACAUUUCUAGCCUAGAGUCCGAUCCGCUUGGAGUGACAGAAGAAGUCUUAGAAGUAAUUCUAGAAAGCAUCACACUGAACCUUGAAAAUCUCAAUGUGGAAAAUGUGACCUUGAUUAAAAUGGAGCUUGAGACACUGGAGGGACUUUUAGAGAUGGUAUUUGAUGAUGAAUACCACUAUCCUUACUACAUGAUCAAUUCUACACUGAUGACACAGCACUCCUAUGCUCAGAAAAUGUAUGCAGAAAUCACCUUGUGGUACCUACAUAACCUGGAGAAUGCCACAAGUGACAGCAUGUUCAGAGAGAUUCUUUACCCAUUCAUCAACAUGACAGAAAUGAUGGCCACAAUCAGUGCUGCUCAAUCAAAUUUCUCAACACUGGUGUCUAAUCAGAUCCAGGACUUAAAUGGCAAAGACCUGAAUCAAAUCAGUAAUGUAAUAGUAUUUCUAAUGCAGGGUCAACUAGAGUUGAUAAAGAUGAACCUUGAUCUUCAACAGACCUUUUAUGAUUCCUUGGGUUUACAAACUAACAUAAGUUUGCCUGCUGAUAUUGAGGCUGAGAUCCAAAACUACCUCAACUUGACGAAAAACUGGAUCACAAACCCACAUCUGACACUUGCCUUUAGCAAAAUACUCCAGUGGAACAAUAAUAUGACUGAUUUCACCACCCCAGCUAUGGACCUUGAAGACCUGAUUCAGGCCUUGGCUCCACUGCUUUCUCCAGAGGAGCAGGUCUUUAUCAACAAAUCUGAGCAAAUCUUACAAUCUCUGAACUACGCCUUGCAGCUAGGCCAAACAGACACUGGUCUCCAGAGUAAAAACUUCACUGAAGCCAUCAUGGAUUCUGUAAGAGUGACCUUGGAGAAUAUGUUCAAUUACACUGAUACGACAUACACAGAUGAUGAUAUCGUUGAACUUCUCUACAACUCACUUGAACUGCUGCUGACCCCUAAUAUCACCUAUGCUCAAGCUCAGCAGCUCAUGAUAGAAAUUGCACACGAGACAGAAAGCUUUAUCAGUGCCAUUGCUCCAGACUCUGCUGAAGUGUUGACUCCUGGCAUCCAGAGCCUCAUAUCAUAUAUAAACACUAUCUCAAAGCCAGGUGGACCUACUCAGUGGAAUGAAAUCAUUGUGGCGAUGACAGAGGAAAUCCAGAAUUCUCUGCCUUCCAACAUCACAGACAACACCUACAUAUCCUCGAUACUGAACAUCACAAACUAUAUUCUAAACCUCACGCAAGGAAACUCGAGUUUGUGGGCCAGCACAGCAGCAGAACUAAAUAUUGACAACCUCGAUAAUGUUACACAACAGCUUGCCGGUUUCCUGGAUUUCAUUCUCCCAUUCCUCAUGGACAACCAGGGAAUGGGUUUGACCCCUGAAUCUGCUCACGCUUUAACCAAAUUUGUCCCAAUACUCAUCCAGAUCUUCUCAGGGACACCUGACCAGCUCACAUUUCAGAGCAUUGUGGCGAUGACAGAGGAAAUCCAGAAUUCUCUGCCUUCCAACAUCACAGACAACACCUACAUAUCCUCGAUACUGAACAUCACAAACUAUAUUCUAAACCUCACGCAAGGAAACUCGAGUUUGUGGGCCAGCACAGCAGCAGAACUAAAUAUUGACAACCUCGAUAAUGUUACACAACAGCUUGCCGGUUUCCUGGAUUUCAUUCUCCCAUUUCUCAUGGACAACCAGGGAAUGGGUUUGACCCCUGAAUCUGCUCACGCUUUAACCAAAUUUGUCCCAAUACUCAUCCAGAUCUUCUCAGGGACACCUGACCAGCUCACCUUUCAGAGCAUUGUGGCGAUGACAGAGGAAAUCCAGAAUUCUCUGCCUUCCAACAUCACAGACAACACCUACAUAUCCUCGAUACUGAACAUCACAAACUAUAUUCUAAACCUCACGCAAGGAAACUCGAGUUUGUGGGCCAGCACAGCAGCAGAACUAAAUAUUGACAACCUCGAUAAUGUUACACAACAGCUUGCCGGUUUCCUGGAUUUCAUUCUCCCAUUCCUCAUGGACAACCAGGGAAUGGGUUUGACCCCUGAAUCUGCUCACGCUUUAACCAAAUUUGUCCCAAUACUCAUCCAGAUCUUCUCAGGGACACCUGACCAGCUCACAUUUCAGAGCAUUGUGGCGAUGACAGAGGAAAUCCAGAAUUCUCUGCCUUCCAACAUCACAGACAACACCUACAUAUCCUCGAUACUGAACAUCACAAACUAUAUUCUAAACCUCACGCAAGGAAACUCGAGUUUGUGGGCCAGCACAGCAGCAGAACUAAAUAUUGACAACCUCGAUAAUGUUACACAACAGCUUGCCGGUUUCCUGGAUUUCAUUCUCCCAUUCCUCAUGGACAACCAGGGAAUGGGUUUGACCCCUGAAUCUGCUCACGCUUUAACCAAAUUUGUCCCAAUACUCAUCCAGAUCUUCUCAGGGACACCUGACCAGCUCACCUUUCAGAGGCUGGAAAAUGUGACGACUGCUCUCUUGUCAAACCUGAUGGCCACUCCCGCAAAGGACACUCUUCCUUUUGUCCUAGAUAUCAUCAGGAAUGUCACGGCAUCCCUGGUGCAAAGCAUGCAAGCUCAAACCGAGCUCUUCUCCAGUCUCUCAGGUGUGUUUCCAGAUGUUUUUGCUGUUGUGGACUCCAGCAAUGUUUCUCUCAUCACUGAUGCCCUGCUACAGGCUUUUCAGUCCACUGUAGAAGCGACGCUCCAGGCUCCUGUGAGCAGUGAAAUGCUGAAUUGCACCACAGUGGGUCAUCUCUGGGAGCAGGUCGCUGAGGCAGCAGAGCUGAACGGAAGUGUGUUUACAGUCUGGUGUAACGAUCAUCUCCUCCCACUACUCGACAUUUACCACACCUCUGAUUAUCAGCCAGCAGUCCAUAAUACAACAGGUGUGGAUCCUCAGUGGGUGGAUGCCACAGUUGCGGAGAUUGUGAGCUCUCUGGAGGCGUUUUAUUCAGCCAGUCUUAACGAGUCUCUGACCAUGCAACAUCUGUCACAAAGCCUCAUGGAGCACUUCAACCUGUCUCUCUCAGCAGAGAGAAAUCAAUCGGACUGGAGCAGCCUGCAAUCCCAGCUACAGAGUCUAUCCUUUGUGCAAAUGGCCUUGGAGAGUGCUAUGCUGCAGCUGAAUAAAUUAGGCUCGAGUCCCUACGUCCUAGCAGUGCAGAAAGCCAUUGAAUACACCCUGGGGAAUCAGAAUGUAACAGCGAGCCCUGAGAUGGUCAUACACGCCCUGGACGUGGCACUCACUGCAAUGAACUUCAGUAGCGAGCAAAUAGAUAGUUUCCUGAGUAGCGACCUAUUCACCAUGCCUAACAGCUUGUCCAAUGACAUGCUCAUAAAGGAGGUGAUAAGUAAAAUCAUUGAUAUGAGACUUCUUGGAAACUGGUCCAUAAUUUAUGACAUAAUGGAGCAACUGCUAUAUGUAGAGAACACAAGCAACAUCGUGACUGCAAUGAGUGAACUGGUCAGCUGGUACAACACUACUGAACACACUGGAAUGUAUUUUGGCAUAGAGAUGCUCACCAAGUUGUAUGAGACGCUAAGACCAUUAGUGACAGCCUCAAGCCCUCUACCAUGCUACUCUGACCUCUUUAUUGGGCUUGCAGGCAAUGCUUUGUAUGCACUGCAACAUAUUACUAGCACCACCAACCUGUUCACCCCCAUCAAUGCCUAUCUCAAGCCAGUCCAAAUGAAACUUGCUCUGGGAGACAAUCUAAGGGAUCUUGUGUCAGCAACCCAAAACGCCAGAAGACCGGUGCUAAAUCUGACCAGAGAACCUGUGGAUGACUUUCUCGACCUCCUGGAGAUCAACUACCAAAACUUAUCUCAUAUUCUUUCCAUCCCACCCAGCCCUGAGGAAAUGUUGGAGACCAUGCAUGUUUUCUUUGCAAACCCAGAUCUGGGUAUCUUCCUGAAGGGUGUAACCAGGGAUUUCACAGGAAGCUCGGUUGAAGACAGAACUAUUGACACAAUCCUUGAAACGCUAGCCUACUUGACACUUCCAAGCAAUGGGCAAACGUUUAUAGAGAUGAUCACACAGACCAUCGGUCAAGCCUGGGGUCUGAAUGACAUGCAGCUGGCAGAAACCUUGGGCGGAAUUGUCGGGAUGGUAAGGACGCUUUCCCAGCAGUCAUCUUUGAGCAUAGCUCAGAGGGUUGAACAGAUGGCUAAUCAGCUCACUUCUGCAGCAUCAUAUACCAUGGCACACCAAGGUAAUCGUAGUGAAAUCCUCACAGCCAUCAAUGAUAUUCUGUCACAAAAUCUGCAGCAGAUGUCUAGCACCAGCCUCAUGGACCAAUCCAUCCUUCAAAACAUACUCAGCUCUGUAUCCUUAAUGUCCAUGUCACAGAUUGACUUUGGAUCCUACAUGAUGGUGAUAAACCAAACUACUGAAGCCUUUGCCUCCCUUGUACCACCUAAGGAAAUGAUGUAUUUCAACAUUUCAGCACAGAUGAUGGAAGCGUUUGCAUUGCUCAUGUCAUAUCCAACAGAUCUAGAGAAAGUGGUGAUGUCAAGUCAUGAGAUUGCUGAUUCAUUGGAUCUCAGCUUUGCCGUUUCUGGUAUGACCACUCUUCCAAAUGGUCAAUCCAUCAAGGAGAUUGCAUACCCUUUCAUUCUAAACAGUGCCUUGGCCACUGAAAUCUUGUUCAAUCUCUCUGCUUCUAACUACACCUUUGAUAGUGACAUGGAACUAAGCAUGAUCUUGACCCAGAUAACCUCAAGUCUCCCAGUGGAAGUGCAACAUGACCUCCAACCUCUUACGUCUGCUCUCGUUUUAGCUCUUCCAAAUGUCUCAAACACCGCCGAGAUCAGACCUGCUUUCUCUCAAAUCUCCCAGAACAUGACCAUGUUACUUCUGGAAUACCUAAACCUAACAGGAGAUCCCAUGUCCAUGGGAAUAUAUUCUGUCUUGUCCACUGUUUCAGAUCAGGUAUCUGCUAGUCUCAGUGAGGGCCUAAUGGGAAAUACUUCCUCUGUCCAGCUUCCAUACGUGCUCGACUCUGUACGAGCAAUCCUAUCUUCACUGUCAUUAGAACUACCCGUGAAGGAACAGCAAUACCCUGAUGUCGUUUUCAACUUCAUGGAGACAGUGGCCUUGGCUCUGAACCAUACCAUCACCACAGGGGAUGUAGCAGGCGGAAUGAAUAUGCUUUCCAGCUCUGUCCAAAGCCUCCUGCUGAUGAUGCCAAAUGACAACAUGAAUAUCUCAAGUGGCAUUAUGAGUGACCUGGAAAAUACUGUCAAGACACUGCUGAUGGUUCUGUCGUCAGGUCAAGACCCACUAACUCAGAGUGCUAACGUGACUGCUGACAUUCUGACCACCAUUCAGAAUUUGCUUGCUGUGGCUAACAGCAGCUCUGAGACAGAUCUGGCAACUGCGAUCCUGGGGGCCAUCGAGAUGAACGUCGGGUCUCUGCUGGCGACAAACGCCAGUAACUGGGCUCAGAAAUUGCAAAUGGUGCUGUUAUCCAUCUCCAAAAUCCUUCCAGCUGACCUUCAAUUCGGUCCAUUCAACAGAACGAUCUUCGAAAGUUUGGCCAAUGAGUCCCCAGAAAAUCUGAAUAUCCUGCUUCAGACAGUAAGCACAGUUUCUGAUCUUUUCUCAACCAGCUGGAUGAACGACAGCUUCGGAGAUCUACUGAAUGAAAUGCAGAUGCAGGUGUGCAGUGUGGAGAACCUGGAGUCUGUUCAGCUGCUCAGUCAGGCUCUGUCUCUCAGCCCGGGCCUUCUGUGUAACACGGCUCUGCCCAGCAUCCACGCUCUUCACGUCCUCGCCUCCAACCUGAACCAGACCACCGGCAUGUACGACCUGCUCUACCAGAAGCUAGUCGGAGACCCCAGCACUUACGACCUCAAAGUGGACUGGACCACCGUCCUCUCCAACCUGCUCGGCAUCGACAUCAGCGCUUUGCCGAGCUUCGACAUCAACCAGACCGCCCCAAGUGAUGUAAAGGUGUCUGACCUUCUGAAGAAUGAGACCCUGUUUGUAUCUGAUGUCACCCGGUACACCAGUAUUCCUCCUCAAGUCCUAAACACUCUGCUGAACUCGUCACUGCCCAAGAGCAACCUGCAGAUCGUGUCUCUGCUGAUGAAUCUGCAGCACUGUGCAAAUCUCUCGUCCCUGCAGCUCGACCCGGCGUCGUCGCUGAUCUUCAGUUCUCUCUGCUCGCUGCAGGUUCAGGAGUGGUACAGCCUGGUGGUUCUCUCAGCUCGCCACGCCAGCAUGGAGAACGUCAUGUACAAGCUGAUGCCGUCCAGUGAAAUCCAGGCUCUGUUUAACGUCCUCAUGCGGAUGGUGAAGUUUUUUAUGGACAUGAUGAGUAAGCUGACUCCCACUCUGAACCGGCUGCAGGAAUAUUUCACCUCCGUCGGAGACAUGAAGCUGAUGUCCAACACGGAGUUCAGAAGUUUGGUGAGAGGGAAACGCUCGACGAUCUCCAGCAAGGCCACGUUCAUCACCGUCUCCCGAGCCUUGUGUAAAAGCGGCAUGUUGUCGCUCUUCGGAAUCUCGCAGCUUCCCAGCAUGAGUGAAAGUGAUCCGUCUCUCCAGGACCAGCACAGAAUGGAGGAUCUCAUGUCCAAGUUCAAAAUCCCAACAGAUGCCACUCCAUUCUGUAGAAACUUCUACUUGGACAUGGUGAGCACCACAGGGGGCGCUGUAGCCUGGGCCUUCCUCAAGCCCAUGCUCCUGGGACAAGUGCUGUAUUACCCUGACACACCGCUCACCCAAACCAUCAUCAAGAAGUCGAACUCCACGCUGCAGCAGUUCGGGGAUCUGCGCGUCUACGCUGACGAGUGGCUGCGUUCUUCGUCCUAUCUCAUGCAGUCAGCGCAGCUCCUGAAUAAAACACUGCCCAUGCUGCAGAAUUCCCUGAACAAUCCUUUCAUCCAAAACUUCAUAAAGAAGCAGAUCGAUAUCGACGUCGCACAGAUGCAAGAAACUCUCAACACUUUCUCGAACAUGUCGCAGUUGUUGGAGAAGAAUCAGUUCAUCCUGCAGCAGAUCACCGCACUCUCCAACCUCAUGAUGAACCUCUCGUCCUGCGUCAACUUCAACCGCUAUCGCGCCUUCAACUCCAUCGAAGAGCUCAACAAACAGGCUGAGAAACUGUCCCAAAACCGUGAACUCUACGCUAGUGUCAUUUUCAAGCUUCCCACUGGAGACAACUCGUCCUCGUCCUCGUCCUCUACCCUUCCUCCUAAAGUGGACUACACCAUCCGCAUGCACAUCGACAACUCCAUGAGAACCGACCGCAGCCGCAACGCGUUCUGGGUGAAGGCUACCUACAUCUCUCCGCUGAAGACGCAGCGCUACAACCGCGGCUUCAUCUACCUGCAGGAGAGCAUCGAGCGCGCCAUCAUCGCCAUGCAGACCGGAACCGUGGUGCAGGAGCCGGCCGUGCAGAUCCAGGCCUUCCCCUACCCCUGCUUCUACAAGGACGACUACCUCAACAGCAUCGCCUUCGCCUUCCCGCUCGUCCUGAUGAUCAGCUGGGUGCUCUUCGUUGCUAACUUCGUCAAGAAGCUCGUCCAUGAGCGAGAGCUCCGUCUGCAUGAGUACAUGAAGAUGAUGGGCGUGAAUCCGUUCAGCCAUUUCGUGGCCUGGUUCAUCGAGAGCGCUGCGUUCCUCCUGGUCACUGUGAUCAUCCUGACCAUCAUCCUGAAAUCCGGCAGCGUUCUUCCCAAGAGUGACGGCUUCGUUCUCUUCCUCUACCUGUGCGACUACGCCCUGAGCAUCCUGGCCAUCAGCUUCCUCGUCAGCUCCUUCUUCGACAAGACCAACAUUGCCGGGCUGAGCGGCAGCCUCAUCUACGUCAUCUGCUUCUUCCCCUUCAUCGUGGUCAUGUGCCUGGAGGAGAACCUCCCCUUCUUCAUCAAGAGCAUGCUGAGCCUGUUUUCUCCUACCUGCUUCAGUUACGCCAGUCAGUACAUCACCCGCUAUGAGAAACAGGAAGAAGGUAUCCAGUGGAACAACAUGUACCUUUCUCCUUUGGCUGGAGACACGGCGUCGUUUGGGUGGCUCUGCUGGCUCCUUCUCAUCGACUCGGUUAUCUACUUCCUGCUCGGUGCCUACAUCCGCAUGGUCUUCCCAGGGAAGUACGGUAUCGCUGCUCCGUGGUAUUUCCCUGUGAUGCCGUCGUUCUGGGCCGACGUGUUCGGCUGCAAUAACAGAUCACAGAAGAAAACAGGCAGAGGACUCCUCUUCUCCAACAUGAUGCAGGAGAGCCAGAGAAAGGGCAAAGACAAAAGCAAAGGUACGGGUGAUUUGCACCCUGACGGUGAAGAAGAGUUCCCGGAGCUGCCAGUUGGCGUUUCCCUGCGAGGCCUCACGAAGACCUACGGCGACAGGAAAGCCAUCGAAAACCUGAACCUGGCAUUCUACGAGGGUCACGUGACCGCUCUGCUCGGGCACAACGGAGCCGGGAAAACCACCACCAUGUCCCUCCUGACCGGGUUGUUCGCUCCCUCCUCCGGGACGAUCGAGGUUUACGGGAAAGACAUGCAGUCGUCUACGAAGGACGUGCGUAAAGAGCUGGGAGUGUGCAUGCAGUAUGACGUCCACUUCGACCACCUGACCACCGAGGAGCACCUGCUGCUGUACGGCCACAUCAAAGCCCCCCACUGGAGCAAGCAGGAACUGCAGCAAGAAGUCCGCAAGAUUCUGGAGGAGACGGGGAUGUACCCUCACCGUCACAAGCGGGUGGGGACGCUGUCCGGCGGCAUGAAGAGGAAGCUCUCCAUCUCCAUCGCUUUCAUCGGCGGCUCUCGCCUGGUGGUCCUGGACGAGCCCACCACCGGCGUGGACCCCUGCUCACGCCGCGGCAUCUGGGACAUCGUCCUCCAGCAUAAGAGCGAUCGUACCAUCAUCCUGUCCACCCAUCACCUGGACGAAGCUGAGGUCCUCAGCGAUCGCAUCGCGUUCCUGGAGCGCGGAGGCCUGAAAUGCUGCGGAUCUCCGUUCUACCUGAAGGACAAACUGGCCCGCGGAUACAAACUCACUCUCACCAAGAAGGUCCUGCCUCCUGACUCAGACGACAGGUUUGACAUUGAGAUGGUGAAAGAGUUUGUCCACUCUCACCUGCCCGAGGCUCGGCUGAAGGAGGGAGAGGUGGGAGAUAUCGUCUACUCUCUUCCUGUCUACAACUCCCACAAUGCAUCUGCCUACCGCUCGCUGCUCAGCGGCCUGGACCGCAACCUGGAGGCGCUACAGCUGGGCGGCUACGGCGUCUCCGACACCACGCUAGAGGAGGUUUUCCUGCAGUUAACGAGAGACAGUGUGCCGCGUGAGGAAGAGAAGGAUCGCCCGUAUGCGGUGUCGAGCUCAGAGCUGGAUACAGGCGCUUCCCGAGACAGUCUGAGCGACGACCUGAACUCCAGCAUGUACUUCGGAGAGAGAGCCAGUCUCACAGGGAACUCCACGGUGAGGGGUUUGGCACUGAAGGUUCAGCAGGUGAUGGCCAUGCUCCUCAAACGUGUUCAUCACACCAGAAGGAACUGGAAAGGUCUGAUCUCUCAGGUUCUGCUCCCGGUGCUGUUCGUCCUCGCCGCCAUGGGCCUGGGCUCCAUCAAGAGCGACCUGGAGUACUUCCCCGAGAUGGAGCUGACGCCUGCGAUGUACGACUCUGGGAAACAGUACGCCUUCUUCAGUAACCAGAACUCCAGCUCCAGUUACCUGGUGGACUCUAUGAUGUCAUAUCCUGGCAUAGAUCACUACUGCAUGUCGAACCCUGAGAGCAAGGUGUGUCGGAAGAGAGACACGUCAGUAUCGGAUCAGUGGACUUCUACAGUAAAUCCCACAUCUGUGUUUGAGAACUGUAAAUGUGCAAACUUUACACAGACAUGUCCGAAGCCUGGCUAUGAACCGCCUCAUAAGACCAACCCGUCAUCUCAAAUCAUCUACAACCUGAGCAACAUCAAUGUCGAGAGUUACCUUCUAGCCACCGCUAAUGACUUCGUCCGAGACAGGUAUGGAGGCUGGUCCUUUGGGGACCCCCUUCCCAGCAGUCUCCAAAUGGACAUUUUGGAGGUGCCCAAGAACAGGACGUUAACGAAGGUGUGGUAUAACCCUGAGGGCCAUCACACGAUGCCAGCCUACCUCAACAGCCUCAACAACUUCAUCCUGCGCUCCAGAAUCCCAGCAAGCAAACAGCCGCAGCAGUAUGCAAUCUCUCUGUCCAGCCAUCCCUACCCUGGCCAGGUGGAAGAAGAGGAUGCCAUCGUUCGCAACUUGGUCAACAUUCUGGUGGCGAUAUGCGUCCUCACCGGCUUCUCCAUCAUGACAGCCAGCUUUGUCAUCUACGAGGUUCAGGAGCAUCACACCGGCUCUAAGAGGCUGCAGCACAUAUCAGGCAUCAGCGAACCUUUCUACUGGACCAUCAACUUCUUCUACGAUAUGGCCCUGUACAUGGUUCCUGUGAUUCUCUCCAUCAUCGUGAUCGCAGUGUUCCAGCUUCCUGCCUUCACUGACAGACUCAACCUGGGAGCCGUCUCGCUGCUCCUCGUGCUCUUUGGAUUUGCCAGCUUCCCCUGGAUGUACCUCGUGUCAGCCAUGUUCAAAGACGCAGAGAUGGCCUUCAUCAGCUACGUGUGCAUCAACCUCUUCAUCAGCAUGAACACCAUCAUCUCCACGGCCAUCAUGUACUUCCUGGGACAAGCUAACCCGAGCAACGAGCACAUCCAGACGGUGUACCGCACCCUCAGCAACGUGUUCCUGGUGUUCCCUCAGUUCAGUUUUGGGAACGGGCUGUUGGAGCUGGCCCGGGUGGACCUGCAGGUCCAGAUCCUGAGCACGUACGGAGUGGACGCCUAUAAGAACCCGUUCAGCAUGGACGUCCUGGGGUGGAUGUUCAUCUCGCUGUUCCUGCAGGGGUUCAUCUGCUUCACUCUGCGGCUCCUGAUGAACAAGUGGCUCCUCCGCAAAGUCAGGCGGCUGUGGACACGGCGGCUGUCGGUGCCUCAGACAGGAAGUCGUGGUGAGGAUGUGGACGAGGACGUGUUGGCUGAACGUCAGCGUGUGGACAGCGGAGCCGCCGGUUCUGAUCUGCUGCAGGUCAGUCAGCUCACCAAGGUGUACCGACAUCUGAACCGCCGAGUGCAAGCCGUCAGCAAGCUGUCCUUCGGCAUACCAGCGGGAGAGUGCUUUGGAUUGCUGGGAGUCAACGGCGCAGGAAAGACCACCACGUUUAAGAUGCUAACCGGAGACAUCAGUCCAACACAUGGCUCGGCGCAAGUGCUCGACUGGGACAGGAGGGUGAUGGACAUCAUGGACUGCAGGACGGAGGGGAUAAAUAUCGGCUACUGCCCGCAGGUGGACGCUCUGGAUGACCUGCUGACGGGAGAAGAGCAUCUGUACUUCUACGCUCGCAUCAGGGGCAUCUGUAAGAGAGAGAUCGAUCAGGUGGUGAACUAUCUCCUGAAGAAACUGGAGCUGAGCUACCACAGGAACAUCAUCAGCGAACGCUACAGCUGUGGAACACGCCGUAAACUGUCUACAGCCCUGGCUCUGAUUGGACAGCCACAGAUCCUGCUCCUGGACGAGCCGAGCUCAGGAAUGGACCCGCGCUCCAAACGCCACCUCUGGAAGAUCAUCUCUGAGGAAGUGAUGGGAAAAUGCGCCGUGGUUCUCACGUCACACAGUAUGGAGGAGUGUGAGGCUCUGUGCACUCGGCUUGCCAUCAUGGUUCAAGGCCAGUUCAGAUGUUUAGGCUCCUUACAGCACAUCAAGAACAGGUUCGGCACCGGCUUCACGGUGAAGAUGUACCUGACCUCGGCUUCCUGCGAUGUGGACGCCAUCACCACAUUCAUGCAGGAGCAUUUCCCCAGCACUUACCUCAAGGACCAUCACUCGUCUAUGGUGGAGUAUCACGUUCCUCUUGCUCCCGGCGGCGUGGCUGACAUUUUUGACCAGCUGGAGUCCAACAAGGCGGCGCUGCAGAUCAAACACUUUUCCGUCAGUCAGACCACACUGGAUGAGGUCUUCAUUAACUUUGCUAUGGGAAAGGUCGGGAGAGACGCACAGGACGACGACGAGGCCUCUGAUGUGGACAGUCCUGACACUGACAUGCAGUGAAAUGAGCAAUGACUAUCGAGCAACUCCUGAAGAUUGUACUGCGUUACUGUAAUUUAAAUUAAAAGUCAUUCAUUUUUUUUUUCAUGGAAUAAUGAAGGAUAUAAGGCACCUUGUCAGGACUGACUAAUUUAUAUCAUAACGUUCCUCUUCUCUUCUCAAAUAAUCGAAUCUGCACGUUUCCGUAUGUGAUUUAAUCGUCCAUUACUUUUAUAGUUUUAUAAACUCAUCUAUGCAAAUGUCUAUGUCAUUCAAUUCACUAUGAUAUAAGAAUUUUAAGUGUCAAUAAGUGUUUGUGGUAGCUCUUUCUAUGAAGGCCAAGGCGAUGAUGAUCUAUAAAUGCUGUCAUAACACUUUGUAAUACAUUUGUAAGGCAUUAUAAUUAUAGUUAUGUUUCAAUUUUAAAAAGAGUGCAUUGGAUUUUAUAUUGCAGGUUUUAUUAUGCAUUAAGAAUUGUUAAUAUGCAGGUCAUAACACAUUACUAAUGUCUUGUACUGUGCAUUAUAAUUAAUUAUAAACACUGAAACAUGUCACAGUGUUUUUUUUUUCCUUUAUUUCCUUUUUAAUGUUGUGCUUUUCUUGAACCUACCAGAACUUUACAGAAUUUACAAAUGAAAUUGGGUGUAAAUUAUUGACAGAUUAUGUGUAUAACAUAUUUAUAAUCAUUUCUAAGUUGAAAUCUGCAUUGAGAUUUAGGUUUGAUAAGUUUGAUUUUUUUAAAACUAUGGUGCCAUUUAUCUGUGAUGAACUAGAAAUACAUUCAUAGCAUGUUAUAAUGCAUCAUAAGUGGUGUUUGUAACACGUUAUAAUCAUCAAAUAUAUAAAAAAAUACAUCAUUGUUCAGUCAUUAGGCACACUGAGACUUCUAGGUGUAGAUUAUGGACAGACAUAUGGUAUUAUAACCUACAUAUAACACUUAUAAGUGAUAUUUGUGAGCUGUAAGUAAAUUGAGAUUUUUUUUAAGCAAAAAAGUUUACUAACUCAACAACAAUUCUAAUCUCUCUCACGAUUUUUUCAGUCUGGAGUUAUAUACAUACAUACAUACAUGUGUGGUUUUGAGUAUGAGUGAGUACUAAAAAAGAUGUUUUUUUGUAAAAUUUUGUAGUAUGGUUUCCUAAUAUUUUGUUUUGGUAUAACUCAUUUAUUAAAGAAAAAAAAAAUAAAGGUAAGUCUCAUAAUGCACUAUGCAAAGUGGAUUUCUUUGGUAUUGGCAUUGGUAAUAACAUGUUAUGAACACUACUUACUGUACAAUGCAUCACGUUAGCUAGAGAAUUCCUAAUGCAUAAUAAGAUAGCUAUAACUACGUAACUAAUCAUAACAUGUGUACUGCCUUAUGAAUGCAUUAUAACAUGAUAUGAAUGUGUUCAUAGUUAAGACAUUCGUUGAAAGUUUAACUAAAACGUUUAUUAAACCUGCAGCAUUUAUGAUAUUAUAUUUAAAACAAUUAUAAAAAAAAUUCCACUGAAUAAUAAACAAUUGACUUACAGCAGUUAUUAACAGACAUAGAGUAAUAAGGAACGAAUAACACCCUGUUUGCUUUUAGGGUUAUAAUGUGUUACGAACACUACUUAUAAUGCAUUAUGUUAGCAGUUACAAAAUAUACAGUGAUACAAAGUGUAAUGCAUGUUCAUAAGCAGUGUAUAUAAUGUGUUAUGAAUGCAUUAUGUUCAUAGUUUAUUAUAUAAUAUGGCCUUCGUAGACUGUGUUACGGUGUUUUCUACCCAGAAUAUUUGCACUUAUUUUUAAACCCCACUGCUGCCUAUUUCUUCAUGAGAUGUUAUUGUUAGCACUAUUGUUUACUCUGUCCCUCAUCAUUUUCCUUUUUGAACGCUAGAAGGAUGUAUACCGAUAAGCGUGGUGAUGUUGUUCCUCAGCGCUGUAUUGAAUAUGUAUGCACAGAAAGCCUCUCAUCCUUUUAAACUGCUGGCAGCGUCGCCGCAGCGCAGGCCCACUUCUGGGGUGGGUAUAAAUCACAAGACCGUUUUGGCUCCGAGAUAUAAAUGAUUCUUCAAUGUCUGCACAUCUUCGCUCUCAUUAAUAUUUCCUCUCAAGGCUCGUCUCUCACGUACUGAAUAUUUCAUCAGCUCUUUCUUCAGAGUGCCUAAAGGCACUGCUCCUCUUUCUUUUCUUCUUUUUUUUUUUUUUAAAAAAAUGUACCAAACUUAUUUUUGCAAUAAAGCAAUUUUUCAAAUGCA